AAAUACACAUGUCUCCAAGUAUUUACCUUUAAAUGCAGUAGUAAUAAACUUGCACCUGGAGAACAAGUAAAAAAUAAUCAAGAAAAAGUCAAGGUUUUGAUAGUUUGCAGGCAAGUCGUGAGAUGGCGAAUGAGAAUACACCAAGUGAAAUGGAUAGAACUGAAGCAGCUCCUCUAACAAGUGAACGUAGAUAUGGAGUAUUCAGAGCAGGAUUGGCAGCAGCAUUGAUUCUAAUUGUGGUACUGGCAGGAGCAGGUAUUGCUCUUCUCUUUGGAAUUCGUGAUGGGAGAAUUUUAUUGGGGAUUCUAUUGCUACUGAUGUUAUUGAGUGCAACAAUAGCCCACUUGUGGUUCUGGUGGCUGCAUCGUAAAGCCGCAAAAAGGCGAGAACGUGCAGCUAAUGAAUGGGUAUCGUCUACUCUAUCUCGACAGGCAACUUUAAUUGGUUCCAAUCAAGGGACUUCGAAUAAUUUAUCAGAUCUCCGAUAUGAGAAAUUAUCACAAAAAUCCUCAUCAAGACAUGAACCCCCACCGGGUUAUCAUAUUGUGGAACAAAAUAAUUGAUAGCAACUAAUGAGACUUGGACUGAAUUCAGAAUAUAGGCUUAGGUAAAUGUGUCAUAUUUUAUGAGUAAACGUGGAGUUAUUGAUACUAAAUUUAAACCUAAAAACAAAGUUUAAUCAUGGAUUUGGGUCUUAAGAUAUCAAUAAUUAAAUGAUUUUAUUACCAUUAAAAUGGAGUUUUAGAGUUUUAAGAUCAUUUGUAUUUUUAUAAUAUCACACAUUGCCUUAAUUAUUUUUCUAGCCUCCUUUAGAAUGUAUUUUAUAUAUUGUUGAUGUGAAAAAAGUUUAAUAAA